AUGCCUGCGAUCAAGAAAAGGAAGCUGAGCGGGCCUUUUUCGCUGCCAGGCACUUCAGCACCGAGAAUGAAGUCGUCAAAACAAACCCCGCCCGCCUCGAAACCGAUCCGCAAGCCUGCCCCACCGCCUCCGGAACCCGAACAGAGCGAAGACGAAGACGAAGAAUUUGAUGGAUUUGAUGAGAGAGAAGCUGAAACUGAUGACAAUGAGGUUGGAGAAGUUUCCGAUGACACAAACGAAAGCGGGGGAGGUGCCGCUCCCAGUGCAAAUACGGGAGACGGUUCCAAGAAGACAUUCGCCGACUUAGGCGUACGAGACGAGCUAUGCGAAGCCUGCGAGAACCUCAAGUUCACACAUCCGACACCGAUCCAAGAGCAAGCGAUCCCGCUCGCACUACAAGAGCGCGAUGUUAUCGGACUCGCGGAGACCGGGUCUGGAAAGACAGCCGCAUUCGUCCUACCUAUUCUACAAGCUUUGAUGGAAAAUCCACAGCCCCUGUUCGGCCUUGUCCUAUCGCCUACACGAGAACUGGCAUACCAGAUCGCACAGCAAGUGGAGGCUCUGGGAUCCAUCAUAAACGUGAAGUGCGCCACAUUAGUCGGCGGGAUGGAUAUGGUCCCUCAGGCAAUUGCGUUGAGCAAACGACCCCACAUCAUCGUUGCAACUCCAGGGCGUCUGAUGGACCAUCUGGAGAACACAAAAGGAUUCUCCCUCAAGCGCCUAAAGUACCUCGUCAUGGACGAAGCUGACCGCCUGCUCGACCUUGAUUUCGGACCUAUACUUGACAAGAUCCUAAAAGUGUUGCCGCGAGAGGGUCGCCAUACAUAUCUCUUUUCGGCCACUAUGUCCACCAAGGUAGAAAGUUUACAAAGAGCGGCGCUCCAGAACCCUGUGAGGGUUAGCAUAUCGUCGUCUUCCCAUCAAGUCGUCUCUACGCUUGUGCAGCGAUACGUUUUCCUGCCUCACAAGUACAAGGAUCUUUAUCUUAUUCAUCUCCUGAAUGAUACCAUUGGCCACCCUACCAUCAUAUUUACCAGGACUGUCAAUGAGACUCAACGCAUAGCAAUCCUGCUCCGCACUUUAGGAUUUGGAGCGAUCCCAUUGCACGGCCAGCUUGCUCAGUCCGCAAGGCUCGGGGCACUCAACAAGUUCAAGAGCAAGAGUCGUGAUAUCUUAGUAGCGACCGACGUUGCAGCUCGUGGAUUAGAUAUCCCCUCAGUCGAUUUUGUCAUCAAUAUGGAUCUCCCGCCUGACAGCAAGACGUACGUCCACAGAGUUGGCCGUACUGCAAGGGCGGGUAAGAGCGGACGAGCUAUCUCCUUCGUUACCCAAUACGAUAUCGAAAUCUGGCUGCGGAUCGAGAACGCACUAGGCACGCAGAUCGAGGAGCAGAGUAUCCCCAAGGAUGAGGCCAUGGUGUUGCUAGAGAGGGUGAGUGAGGCUCAACGGGUCGCUGUGCAGGAGAUGAAGGAAAUUCAUGAGCAGCGAGGCAAAAGGGGCGGCUUCGGCAAAGGGAGGAAAGGGAAGAGGGGACGUGAUGAUAUGGACAGAGAGGACGGCUGAACGAGGAGACAAAGGUGAUGUCUAGACAGGGUUUCGCAGAGGCGUUUAGAUAGCAAGUGUCCGAAAUUAUGAUAUUCCAAC